AUGGCCAACAAAUCCAGCCCCGACCCUCUGUCAGAAAAUGGUGGCAUAUUCCGACACGCUAGGCUCAGUUCCAACCCCCGUUCGAAAGGAUGCAGCCCAUAUCACUGUCCUGAGGACGGUUCCCAGGCCGAAGACUCUCCCUCAAGUGCGGAGUCCCAACCGUCAUUGCUCAGCCAGCUGAGAACCUCGCAGCCGAAAGUCAAGCACGUCAUCCAAGAUGAUGGGAACGAACAGUAUCAUGUAUCUCAGACACGCGGCCACCGGAGCAACCCUUCAUAUCAUCCUGAAGAAGACACAGAACUUGUUGGGGGGAUUGAUACGUUCGUCUUCGCACCACAGCCCAAGUACAAGCCGAAUCAGUUUUCUGGCCACCAGCAGCGUCGAUCCAUCAAUUUCAGUGCCCUCAGUGGGCGGCAAGAUGCAGUGCCUCAAGAGGACUGGGCAGAUGCCGGCAACGUACGACCUACCCAGCCCCAGGAUCAGCCAGCUUUGAUAGACGAUAAUAGUCACCACUACAACGACGUCAACACCCAUGCAAACAAUAUGCCAGCUGCUAUCUCUCGAAGUGAUCAAGGACGAAGGGGGACUCCUUUUCAACGCUUGAGGGCUGCAGAAUUCGACCCUGAGCAAUCGAGUAGCCACGGUCAGCUACCGGGCCGAGGCCUCUCAGAUCAGAUGACUACCAGCUCUGAGAGAGAUACAGCUGGAAUGUCGGUCUCGAGACGCCCCUCUGUCCAGGCCGAGCAGAAAAUAAAUGGUUCUGCUAUCGAGGACCGCAGUAUUCGACCCUUUGCUGAUGCCGAUGCCAUUCUUCCCUGCGAUCAAUGGGAGACUCUGCAGCCUGCACUUGAACAAACGGCUACUGAUAGGGGUAUUCCUUCACAGCGGCACGGUUCUCGGGGAGAAAAUGAAGGCGAACAACAGCAAUGUGUGGUUUCAGAUCGAGACUUGGAACCACGCCUCUCCGAAAUUAGCAAACCCGUCGAUGAUGAUCGUGUGAUGCCUCGUCAGAUAGCCCGAGUUCAAAGACAGCAUCACGAGACAGUUGAGAUUCGGUCGUCUACUCCAGUUGGCGACUUGGAAAUGCCACAGAAACAAACUCCUGGUUCUGCUCGCAAGUCGAAACGACAGCACUCUUGGCCUAGAGAGCAGUCAAUUCGACGUAUCAGGCGCGACCAAGAUGCCAGAGAUGUUCCGCAACGUACGAAAUCGCGUCUCUCAAAUACUUCUCGGCGUCGCAAGCACUCCCACCGCCAAUCACAACACGGCAAACCGAGUCAGGAAAAGGCCAACUCAGGCUUGGAGAACCAGCAGGUUACGGCAGAGAGCCACUAUGAAGCACUCGAAAGUAUGUCGGCUCACUACAACAAAGUUCUCAGCUACUCAAAAGAAGUUGAGCACAAGAUGAAUAGCCGUCUCCUGGGCCAGAAGCAGCAGAUCGAAGAACUGGAGACUCGGUUACAGCAGUAUCAAGCACGUUAUCAGAAAGACUGCGACCGCCGGGUGCAGUCGAACUCAGAGCUUUCUCUUUUACAACAUCAAAAGGACGAGCUCUCCCAGAAUCUAGCUCAACAAGGCGGACGACUGCAUGAACUAGAACGGAAAGUGGCCGAUCUGCAAGCUGAGAGAGAAACGCAAGACAAAGAAGCGACUAGAUUGCACCAAGAGCUGGAGGUCACACAUUCGAAGCUCGACAAGUUUCAAGAGAAAAGCCGCUCGUACAAGGAUCACCUCAAUAAGGCUGUUGCAGAACACCAACAACUCUGGCAAAAUUCGAGAGAUAUCACCGAAAACACCAUCAAUAGCAUGAGAAAGGAGCAUCAAGAGGCGGAAGAGAAGUUCAAGUUGGCCAUGGCAGAGAAACAGGCUGCCCAGGAUAAGUUGAAUCUCAUUUCCAAACACAAGCAGGUACUUCUCCAGCAGGAAGUGACAGCGGACAAUCUUGAGAAAGAUUACGAUUUUGAGGCACAGAGAGCCAAGAAGUUGGAGGGAAAGCUCCUCGACGCGGAUGCCUUGAAGGGUCUGCUGCGCCAGAUCGAUGAGAAUGUGGCUGGAGUCUGCUCGGAGGUGGGCAAUAUGCAAGCGCGCUCUCUCGAAGCGCCCGCUGUGCCAACCGAGGUCAUGAGAAGGUUGGACGAAAUUGCGGGCCACGUGCAAUGUUUCCCUCAAGUCAACGUAGAAGAUGAGCUUCAGCGAGCUUUAGAGACCUUUCAAAAGGAAAUGAUGCCACAACUUUUGGAGGAGUUGAAAUCAACUAUGACUGGUCAGUCCAUCGAAGAAAGACUGCAAAGUCUACAGGAGACGCUCCAGAAACAGUCGUUAUCGACGGAGGCGGAGCGCGAACAUCGUCAGGAACAGUUGAUGCUACAACUUUCGGAGAGAAAGGACGAGAACAGCAAACUUGCACAGGAUCUUCUGGCCAAGGAUGCUGAAAUCGCAGAUAUGUCCAACUGUGUUUCUGAACUUAGUCAAAAACCACGAGAGGCGAGAGACUCUGCAGAGUUGGCAUCAAAGAGGGCAACAAUCAUGGAAGAAAGGCUCCGAGAGUUACAGCAAAGCCUCUCAAGCAAGGAUUAUCAGGUCGCAGAGACGCAGACUGAGCUUCAGCUCCAGCGACAAGGGCACGAGACCAAGAUCCGAGAGCUUCAGGAGAAGUUACGGAUUGCCGAGGAAAGUGGCCAUCUGCAACGACAGCUAGCCGAAGAGACGGAGAAGAAUCUCGCAAAAAGGUCCGAGGAAGAUAAAGAAACCCAAACACGGCUGAAGAGCUCGGAAGAAUCUCUGCACCAGGCUCAGCAACAGUUGGCAAUGGCCGAGACGGAGGUUGAACGCCUAAAGGCCUUGGACAGUGUUACCAGAGCAUCGAAACUCGAAAAGGAGUUGGAGAAUGCUCAUCAAAGAGUCACCAAUCUCACACUCAAGCUUCGCGAUACGCAGGUCUUGGCUGCUAACAACGGCCAGCUUGAUCAGGUAGCCGAACAGCUUGCCCAGCUCCAAAUACUGAAGGAAGAAGUCAAGCAGCUCAGGUCAAAUGGCAAGGCAUACGCGGCGGUCAGUAAGGACUUCGCAAAAACACUCGACAGACAAGAUGCCGCGGGAAACGACGAUAUUCUCAUCUCUGAUAGUCUUGUGCUGCCGGAACCAAUGCUUCCUGUGUUGCUGCAGCAAGAUGUUUAUGAUCCUCUGAACGACUUUCAGCCGAGCUCCUCUGACAUGCCGCUGAUCCGAGCCAGCAAGCGAACGGUUUUUCGCAGUCCUGUUGAAGAGUCGGAAGAUGAGAUGCCUGCGCCAUCAGUCGAGCAGGAGAAGUCGCAGCGAAUGGAGGUAGCCGUUCAGGGAUCCAAAAUAAGAUCGAUCCUCCGCCCCCAGAGAACUCCGGUUGCAAAAGCAUCGAAAGGAAGUAACGAUACCAUGGUCGCGCGCCAUGCUGGACACUCUUCGUACAACCGACCCGUGCAAAGUGCCCCCAAGUCCAGUCAGGAGGCCAUCUUGGGUGUCAAGAACAGCCUUGUGGGCAACCGCGAGGCAAACCUCGGCGAUUUGACCAACCCUAACCAAUGGGAAAGACUUGACCGACCAGCGAGCUUGUCGGAGCAGCGCGGAACCAAAAGAUCUAGCAACGCCCAGCAAUGGUCUCGAGGCUCGAAACGGUCCAAACCAUGCUUCACCGAGAAUGAAGACAAUCGGGAGACUUCACAGGCCGCGGGAAGCAAUAAUGAGGACUGUCUCCGGGCCGAACCAUCGGAGCGCAACCAAAGAGACGGCAAUAGGGUGGCUCCAGUAACCGUGGAUGAUGAUCAAGUUUCCCACCAUUUCUUCCCAAGCGCUUCCAAGUCGAAUGAGGGCACAGGUUAA